AGCCUGAACGCCUUUCUCAAAAACGUUGACGUUGGAGAUCACAUCUUGCAAGGCGACCUUGAAGCAUAUUCCUGCAAGCUUGCGGGCCUGGACAAGAAGCUCUCAAAAAGCCUUGACCAGGAGGUCCAAACGGGCAGCUCCCCGCUGGAGCUGUCUGCAUCCCCCGUCGGGCCACUUGCCGAGUCGUCAAGCCGCAAGACGCUCAUCUACCUCAUCCUCACGUUGAACCACAUUUACCCGGAUUACGACUUCAGCCAGCUGCGGGCCCACCACUUCCAGAAGGAACAGGGCAUCAGCAAGGCGGAGGAGGCCAUUGACAGCCACCUCCUGGAGGUCUCCAAGGUGUGGGCCAAGACUCCGGGGCGGGGUGAGAGCCCCUUCCUGGAGUGCCUAUGGAGCUCAAUAGAUGAGGCGAUAGAUCUAAAGGAGAGUGACGUGUACUGCUACAAGUCCGAUUUGGAGACGGAUCCCUUUGGUGAGCAAGCCAGCGUCUGGUCGUUCAGCUACUUCUUUUACAACAAGAAGAUGAAGCGCAUCCUCUACUUUAGCUGUAGGGCCAUUAGCAAGCAGGCGGCGGAUGAGGUAGGAGGGGUGGAGACGGGGGUACAUAAAGGUGGUGUGUGGGCAUAG